AUGGCGGCGCGGACGCUCGACGCCCCCGAGCGUCGCCCCACCGGGUUCUUCGACGACUCCUACGAGGUCAGAUGGCACGCGAGGCUGCCUGCGCUGGCCACGCCCAGCCCUGGGCAUUCCGACGCGCAGCCAGAGGACGGGCGCUGCCCAAUCGCCGACGCAGCCCACCCUGGGUUCGGCGACGCGCCGCCCCUGGCCGCCCCAGCCAAUCGGGAAUCCUUCGUUAUCCGCGGGGGCUCGAGCUUCGCCUUCGCGGACGAACCCCGGGUCGCGGUUGAGCGGAUGGCCGACAAGGCCGGCCGUUUCGCGGCGUUCGAGCGCGCGUCGACGACGCUCGCGGCGGCGGGCAUCAUCUCCAUCAUUCGCCACCUCGACUGGAGGGCCCCGACCAUGCUUUUCAGCCGCGAUCAGUUCGACUACGCCAGCUGCGCGGCGAUCGAGCACCUGGCGCGCUGGUUCCAGGAGAAGGAGUCGGCGGCCCGGCAGAACCCACAGGCGCCGGGCUGCACCAACCUGAAUGGGGCAUUCGCGGCCCCCACGGCCGAGGACGGGCGCGCGCGGCCCCCCGAUGUUUCAAAGUGGAUAUCCCCGCUACGCCGCGACGAGGCGCAGAGCACGAAGCAGGGGCGGCCGAGGAGCGAGGAGGUCAAGAAUUUCCGCCAGGCCGCGAAUGGCUGCAAGGGGGCGAGGGCGGCAGGGCGCGGACUGGCCUCCGCCGAGAUCCACGCCGCCAGACUCGACCUCGAAGACGGGUUCUACCAGUUCGCGGACGAUCCCAUCGCGGCCGGGCUCGGCUUCGACUUUCCCGAGAUGGCGCCCGAUUUCGGCGAUCCGCUUGUCCAUCUGCCGGCGGACGGCAGCCUCGUCCAGGCGCGCGGCGACGCCCGUGCAUUCGCCGUUUUCCGCAGAGGCAGGCCAGGCAGGCCCGUCGCGGACCCGGUUCUCCUGCCGGGACCUGCUCGAGGAGGCCCAAGGCAAAGCGGCCCUGAACACCGGGGCGAGAUGCGCCCUGCUCCAUUGCCGGACCCCGGGCGGCUGCUCGCGCAGCCCUGCGUUGACAAUGCCAGCGCGAACGGCUUCAAUUUCGGCGACGCCGAGGGCGCGCUCGGGGGCGCGAAGCAAACAUUCGAUUUCCCUGGCAUCGACUACCAAGACCUGGUCGAGCCCACGAAGCUACACACCACGGUCGGGGUCGUCCUCGACGGCGCCGAAAGGCGGCUCCUGGACGAGCUCCGCAUCGCGAAAGGGCUCGAUCAGCUCGUCGACAUUGACCAUGCUGCCCCCUGGUCGCACGUCGCCCGCUGCAGCGACGCCUCGGGCGGAGACGGCCGCCGGCGCCACGGCUGGCACGCCCUCGCCGAGACCGCCUGCACGGACCACGAGGUCACGCGCGCCUUCCAGCAAUUACUGGGAGCGAUGGUCAAGAUGGAGGUGGAGGAGCUCGUCGACCCUUGGGCUCCGCACGGCGCCAUGCGCGGCUGGGGCCUCGACCGGCACGUCGCCCCUAUCCACGCCAAGGCGGCGCGGGCCCAGAUGCCGGGCCUCGUGCGCGCCGCGCGCGACCCGCGCAUGUUUCGCAGCGGCAGUAUGGGCGGCAACGCGGAGGCCUUUCGUAGCUUCGAAAAGGGCGAGGCUCGCGAUCGGGCCCUCCUGCAGCUUUCCCAGGUCAGCGCGGCCCGCCAGACCGGCCACGAGAUCCAGCGGACGCAACGCCACAUCGAGUCGGAGCGCAACCCGACGGACAAGGGCAGCCGCGUUGCCGAGCUGGGCCAGCUACCUGGGCUCAUCGGGCCCUUCAUCACCACUACGGGGCGCAAGCUUUUCAAGUCAUUCUUCGGCUCCUAUGGCUUUAUGAUCAGCACGGCCGGGCCCGAUCGCGCGCGCGACCCGCCCCCGCGGGAGGGGGCAGUUCUCACCGCGGACAACCUCGCCGACGAAGGCCCCGAGGGGGUCGACGCCGCCGGGGCCUUGCUGGUCAGCUUCGACGGCUACAUCCGACCUUGCAACGCCCUGGCAAUCGCCGGCCACGACACGAGCGAGCGCCGUGCCAGGUCGAACCCCAACUAUCCGAACCCGGCGGUCACUUUCGCGCUUCCGGCCGACGACCUGGGGCAGCAGCUAGCUCCCACAAUGAAGUCGGGCGCCUACGACUGCACCAUCGUUUUCGGCGACGAGGCCAGCCCGAAGGCGGGACAAGCGGCGCGACGGGACGCCCUGCUGCGGGCGAUGCGCCACCGCCGGCCAACUCGCCCCUCUUCGGUCAUGCUCCCCAAGCACGAGCAGCUGUUCAACCAGGCCGUCGACGACGUCGGGCUGUCGGCGCCCCAGCGGAGUGCUCAAGAGAGCAACUCCAGCGGCGUGACCUUUGCGUACGAUGCUCACAAGGGCGAUGCCAGCGACGGCGCGGACGAGGGCAUGCAGCGGAUGACCCCCGAGGUGCUCGAGGAGCGCGCGCAGCCCUGCGAGGCAGUGAUCCGCCUGCGGUGGAUCGCGCGCCGCUGCCCAGACGGGGCGGCGCCUGGCGCCCUAUCGCGCGCCUAUGCUGAGGCCGCGCUGACCCGGCCGCAGGGCGGCGCCGCCGGUGCCAGCGGGGCCCUGGCCGCCACGAUCAAGGUGGGCCCGCACAGGCGCACAGGGCACGGGUGGGCCGCCUUCAUCCGCCAGGCGCCUCCCCUCACGCCUCGCCGGCCUGCCGCUCCCCCUCCGCGCCUGCGGGCCGCUCCAUUCCGCACUGGCGGGCCGCUCUGCCUGCACCGGCGGGCCGCCCUUUCCGCGCAGGCGCUCCCGGCCUGCACCUUGGCCGCCCCCCUCUUCCGCGCCGCGGGGCUGCUUGUCCCGGCGCUCUCCGUCCUGGCCGCCGCCCGGGCGCGGCGCCUUGGGCAGGCGCUGACCCUCUGCGCUGACCCUUGGCUCGGGCGCCGGAGGCACGCGGUGGGCGAGCCGUUGCGGCGGCGGCGCCAGCCCAUGGCGGGCCUGCCGGCCAGCACGGCCCGGGCCGAGGACAUCGGCACCGAGGUGGACGUCGCGGUAUCCUUCGCGGUGCACGCCUGGAAGUACCGCACCGGUGGUGCCGCAUGUCACGACGUGAACUUGCGGCCGAGAACUGUCAGGGUCACUGUCGGCAACGCCCAGGUGUUCGUUAAGGCGCCAGAGCCACAAUGCUUAGACACCCCAGCCAUUGCGACUUUCAGCAGGCCGUCCACCGUCUCAGUGCGGUUGGGGAGCAAGGAGGAUUCCGCGCUGGUGGCUGGAGGCCGCGCGUCACUAGCGAUGGCCUCGCAGAGAAACGCGCCGCCGGAGAAGCCGCCGCCCACCCCACGGCGGCACCCCUACAUCGAGCACGCCACGCUGGGCGACCCGGAGGAGUUCUUGGUGUCGGACUUCGUCCUGAUGGAGUCCCCGACGCUGGCAGACAUGUACUGGAGCCAGGGUGCAGGUAGCACGUUGGGACCAGUGAGGCGCUCCGCGGUCCUCUUCCCUGCGGUGCUGGGCGUGCUGAAGCUGCGCUGGCUGGUGCGCCUCGACGCGGCAGUACGCGAGCUGUGCUCGGACGGCCCCACCGCCAGCGUCGCCGGGUUUCACAGGCUGCUGGAGUGCUUCGUGGACAUCCUGUGUGGGUUCCAGGACUGCGCCUACUCGCCCAUCCAAGCCUACAACCUGUGCAUCGAGGCGCUCCGCGCACAGUUCGGUGCCACUGCGUGGCCGCUCUUCCUGGCCUACGUGAACACGCACGACAGGGGCGUCUCUCGGAACGCAGUCGGCGGGCUACCCUCCGUGUCGAACCCCAGCACGUCCAUGUCAUCGCCGGCGAGCCAGGCGUGCUGGCGGGCCACGGACGACACCUUCGUCGCCUGGCUGUCGCGGCAGGACGGGCUGCUGCUGACGGCCUCCGACGUCAUGGAAGAGUUCGACUAUUACGGCGUCCCGGCGCCAGUGGUGCGGACAAGUUUUCCCAACCUCAUGGCCUGGAGCACGGCCACGUACACCACGCGCCACCGCUUCGUGCGCGAGGCGCGGCUCGAGUCGGCGCACCUGGCCGUGCUGCUCGAGAUGCCCUCGCUGCGCAGCAAGUGGACCCUGGACCCGGAGGAGACGCUGCACAUCGUGCGGGAGAUCUGCGCCAACCCGAGGACCUUCAGCACCCGCAUCCGCAGCAGGCUGUACCACAGCCUGUUGCGGGUCCCGCGCGGCCCCCUGAAGAUCCCCGAGAACAUGUUGGCCAAGGAGGCCACCGAAGAGCAGCUGCGCGAGGUCUGGUCCGCCACGACGGGCCCCAGCGACGCGGGCGGGCUCACCAACAUGGCCCUUGAGGCCAUGCGGGACAAGCAUCCGCCCUGGCUGGUCGGCGGGGAGGUCGUGAGUUCGCGCUUCAAGAGGGCUCCCUCCGCGAAGCUGCCCAGCCAUCCCCUCUCCGCGCGGGCGGCGUCGGCGCUGUCCGGGCGGUUCGACGCCUCGAGGAGCGUUCUUAGCGCGAGUGCCGCCAGGGCGUAG